AUGGCGAAGUUCAAACCAAAUGGACCUCACGCGGCCAACAUGGUUCGUUGGUUCAUAAAACAAGCUUUGGCAGCCAAAGCACUCGAUAUCUCUCCUUCCGACGGAGACUUCUCUUGGGAAACCUUCCUUUCUGAGAACGAAGUUUUGGUCCAGACCAUCGCUGGUGACCAUCCUGGCCCCGAUAACGACCAUACCAAGCUCGUCCGCGCGAAUUUCCACCGACAAGUCAACCGUUUCAAGAACUGGCUUCUUAGUGCAGCCGGUUACACCUCCUCGUUCCAGCGUGAAUCUGGUUUGACCGACUCUGGCCUUGCCGGUAGCUGUGCCACCAAUAACCCCCAGCAACCAGGAGAUCUUGGAGAAGACGAUCCCGAGGGAGCAGAGCCCAAUCCUGAUCCGGAAAUCCCAUUUGCUGGUCCACCUGACGCCGAGGAACCGGAACCAGAACCGGAACCACCCAAGAAGAAGUCAGCCAAGAAGCAGCGAAAGACGAAGACCGAAGAGAACCUAGAGGAUCUCUACGGUGCAUUUGAGAGUUUGAAUUUAGACCUGACAAACACAGAUAUGAAAAUCAAGAUGUUUACCCUUGAUGGGGUGAAGAUCCGCGGUGAUGUUGUGAAGAUGGUCAACGUCCUGGGAAUCCAGAUCUGUGUGCCCCCUGGUGCAGUGCUCAGGACGAUGGAGAUCCAGCCGUCCUAUGACAAUCCGAAUCAUGUGAAUGUUGAAUGUGACAUUGCCCCGGAACUCAGCAAGGGUAUCUCCCUUUGCAAGCAGCGUUGGAAGGACCAGAAUACGGAUUUGGCAGUCCGCAUUGCCACCGAGCUUGAUGAUGUGUGCUGGAUGGACACUGCUGCUGGUGUUGAUUAUGAGAAAGAGGACGUGACUGUCCCCUGGCCGGAUGGGCGGAAGAGUGAGCUUGUGGCUCUUGAUUCAUGGGCGCUUGGCCUCCGUGAACGCCCAGUUCGCGAUCAUCAAUCCCUCUAUGAGAUUGAUCACAUUGCCUCUGGCAGUGGUGCCACGGUUGCUCCAUCCUAUGUGGUCACUGUGUUCUUCAAGGAAGACAAGCCUCGCCAGUUCCGUGGAAAAAGUGGUGGCCUCCGCAUUGAUGGAUCGUGGGACGAAUGUGAUGACGACGACUACCAUGAUUUUGACAAUUUUGGUGGUGGAGGUGGCCGUGCCAAGAAGCCGCGUACCACCCCCAAGAAGGGUAGCGGUGGUGAUGGUGAUGAUGACGUUGACAUGGAUGGAGGCAAGAAGCCCUCUACUCCCAAGAAGCGGGCUGCCACUCCCAAGAAGCCUCCUUCUUCUUCCUAUUUUGGCUUCAUGUCUUUCCUCUUUGGCUAA